UCAUCACCUCGUGCACAUCUUCACAACAGCUUCUUGCUUCUAGCUUUUUGAUCCAAGUGGCUUUUGGUUAUCGACUCUCUUGAAAUCAUCAUGCUCUCCCUAUAAAUCAUCCGCAAUUCUUUGUUGCGACUCUCUGUUUACACCUCUCGCCGCGCGACGCGUGCUUUGUUGACAAUGACGAUGCUACGAUCGAAAGCCUCGAUCGGGUCGGCCCAAUGGCUGCUCAACGAGAAUGAGCAGGCUCAGGAACUCAUUGACCAGGAAGUGGAAGAGUUCAGCUACUCCGUGCGAAAUGAUUUGGAGUGGUUGAAUGAGCAUAUGAACGAUGUCUUCUCGGGGAGGAACAUAAACGUUACCGAUGUUUUCAAGACACCAGGAAAACUUCGAGGGAAGACUCCUCGUACUGCGAGGAAGCGCAAUGCGCUUGAAAAGAGAGCACCGCUCAGCGAUCUAUUUGCACCGAAUCCACAAGCUAAUCCUAGCCCGCUACAUAAAUCAUUGGCCACAAAGAAUCCUAUAUUCCAAGUGGCGGAGGAUAUUGAGAACCGACCGCCCACAUCCGCACGCAAGAGCCCAAACAAAGCUAUCGGCGCGGGCAAAGAAAAUGUCGACUCAGGAUACCAUGAGCCCUCGCAUUAUGAAAUGCACGUCGACCCGGCUCCACCAGCAACACUGAGCCAAUCCUCGACAUUGUGUACCUCGCAACAGUCGGCCAUUAAGUCUCCCGUACUAACGAACACACCCCAAAACAUACAAGAUCGCGACGUAACGGAUGAUUCGUUUGUGUCUGCAAAAGAGGAUUUGGUCGCCAGGGAGGCCGCAAUUAAAGCAGCAUCCGAUGAUGUAUUUGUCGACAAAGAGAAUCUUCCACGCGCGAGUCCCCGUCCUCAAGCCGAGCCAGCAACGGCUCCGGAAGACCAGGAUAUUGAAAUGGGGGGAACUGGGGAUGAAAACGAAACUAUGGACGUCGAUGGUACGCACUCGCCCUCUGAUGGUUCAAGCCCUGUGAAGCCGCUGCUUCGCAAAAGCAGCAUGACUUUCGCAGCGCUGCCGGGUCGCGAGCCGCAUAUGAAGAGCAUCGGCGGGAGGACGUCGGGAACCAACCCCUUCAAUGGCAGGAGCAGUCAACUGGGACGGUUUACUGGAGGUAAGAGUUUGGGCGGUCCACAACUGGCACGCACCUCCAAUGCACCGACCUCGGAUCAUAUGGACGUGGACGAUGAUACCAUGCCUCCGUCUCUCCCUCGUGAAGAGUCGGAAACGACUCGAAUGCAUCACAAAACUUCCACUCAGAGACUCGCCGACAAGAUCAACAUGCUUGGGAAGUCGAAGGAACCAAGGGCGUCCAAGUCGAUCACGGUCAAUCCGCAGCCUCAGUAUCCCAACAUUUCAUCGAACUCGGACAAGGUUCAUUCUGAGCCAUCACCACCACCAGUCCCACCCAAAGAUGUAGCAGCCGAGCGUGAACUGGUCAAUUCUUUAGAUGACGAAGAUGACUGGAUCGCACCGGUGCAAUAUAAACCCCUUGCUGAGGAGAUGCAACGACCCCAGGUCUUCAAGACGCGCUCGCAGGAGACGAUCAAGACUGUGGUGGACGAGGAACAUCCUUCAACCCAAAUGCCUAUUGUCAAGGCCUCGACCAAUCCCACAUCUCCUUCUCGCCCAGGGUUCCUUUUUGGGCAUGGCAAAUCGGUUUCCUCGUCGGCUGUCCCGUCGCCACUUCGACCGGCUAUGGCGCUAGAAGCGUCGCACAAGAAAGCAUUCUCCGUCUCGAAUCCUGACCUGCGAGCCGGCCUCGAGUCCACCACUCCGGCCGGGUCUCCCACUGGUAAGCGGUUCGGCGACGGCCCCUUAAGUGCAUCCAAAGCCAAACUUUACUCUGUGCUAAAGUCUGCCAAAGGAAUAUUUGCAAGCAGCGCGGGAAUCAGCGCACAGGCCAAGAUGGAAGCGUUGUCUCCAAUGCCAAGUCCGCGGCGAGAGCGAACCAUCAUGGAGAACGGCCCUCUCAGUCCCAAUCCCAAUGUUCAGCCGACAUAUGCAUUGUAUCCCAACCUCGGCGAAUCCAUUGCGUCGGGACCGUCCUCCAAGAGUCCCAGCCGUGAAUAUGAAGGGCGUCGGUUGCGGAGCUCUUCGGAACGCGAGAGAGAGGAGAAGCGAAAGGAAAAGGAGGCCAAAGAACAUCGGAAGAUGGAGGCGGGGCUCCAGAAGGCGCGGGAGAAGGAAAGCCAGAGAGCGACCGCUCAGAAAAUGCAGCAGUCAAAGACUACAGCGAAGGCCAAACAGGCGGCCAGCAGCAUUCGCUCUGGAGCAACGAGUCAGGCCGGGUCCGACACCGAACGAAACAAGGUGGCGGAUGAGAUGCCACCUCCUCCGCCCCCGAAGAGUCUGCUCCCAACCUCACAAUCAAAGUCCCGGGAACCACGCAAAUUAUUUAAGCCCAGCCGUGAGAAUUUGAAGACCCGACCGGCGCCGGUCUCGAUCAAACUUGCCUCGCAGCGUAUCGGCCAACUCCAACCGAGCACGGCAGCACUGUCGGCAUCAUUGCAAGAUUCCUUGGGUCCUGCUCCACCAUCAAAGCAACCGGGAAUAUCCACCAAGGCGAGCAAUCCGUCUCUGCACUCCGCCUCAUCCACUGGCAGCAUCAAGGGCCGACCCCGAGCACUUGAAGCAGCAAUGAAGAAGAAAGAGCAGGACGAAAAGGCCGCACAACGAAAGGCGGAACAGAAGCGGGAGCUGGAGCAACGGCGCCAGGCCAAGGCCGAAGAGGACCGUCGACUCGAGCAGCAGCGGAAAGCAGCGGAAGCCGAGCGCGCUCAACAGGCACGACAAGCAGCACAGAAAAAGGCCGAAGAGGCUCGAAGGCGCCAGGAACAGCAGCGGAAGGAUGCGAUGCGUCCCCCAAGUCGGCCCGGCAAUGAUCUUGCGUCCGCUUUGCAGCAAGAGAAAUCUCAUGGUCAUCCACCCCAUCCUCGAUCCGAUUUGACGGGGCCAAGGCCAAUGUCCACUAAGCCCGGCGGCGGCGUCGUUCCCCAUGUAAACCCGGCGAAGCCUCCCAAGCGUCUGUAUCAACAAGAUGCGGAGGAUGAGUCCGCUCCUCGACCAGUCCCACGACAAGGGCCGCCAUUCCAGCAACUCGAUACCAAGCGCCGAAAGACCGAAGACAUUGAGGACGAAGACGUUGAGAACCGACGGUCGGUCAUGGCGCCACCGAUUCGCCAAUCCAACAUUCGCAAGGAACCAAGCAAAUUCACGCAUGGAUAUGUCCCCGCUACUCAGGCUCCAGCACAUGCUCCGUCCAUGUUCAAAUCGGCGGUUACGGCACAGCAUAAUCUGCAGCACGGGAAAAUUCCUGAUAACGCCAAGUUUGCAAGCGGACGCAUCCCCUUUGCCGAUGCGCCAAAUCCCCCUGCCGGGCCUUCCAACCCAUCGCACGCCCCACAGCAGUUCAAGACGCCUGGUCGACCGGCCGCCUCCACCGCAGUCGCGACCACCAGCAAAUCCUCCCCGGCUCUCCCGCCCGGAGAAUCCAUCGCACUCCCCGAGAUCGCCACCGACAGCGAAGACGAGGACUCCGAGAACGAAUUUGUCGCCCCAUCCUGGGUGAACUCGCCCGCGCUCAACUCCCUACUGCAACAGCAGCAGCUGGUGGACCCGGAGCAGAUCUUCGGGCCGAUCGCGCCGCUGCAGAUGGAGGAGAUCUUCAAGAACAAAGAUCGGCACAAACGGUUCCGCGACCGCACGAGCAGCGCGAAUUGGAGCGGGAACGAUCGGCUAACGGAGGAGGAGCGGAGGAAGGAUCGGGAGGCGAGGGAGAAGUUGGUGAAGGAGGGGGGGUGGAGUUUUCAUCAGAAUCCGUGAGUGGGGUGGCUCGGGAGAGAUUGAACGCAUUGAAGCCGGACUUCGGAGUUGGAAUACGAGUGUGCUUUCCGGAUGGAUUCUGAGUGCGGUUGAGCUCGUGCAAAGCACUUGAGUUCCUGCCCUCGAUCCAGCUGGUCAAGCUACUCCUUCCUACGUUCUGGUCGGUUCGACGAGGGAUUUUGAGACCCAGGUUCGGAUAUUUGGAUUCUCCACCACGAUCAGAGUAUGAGCAUCGUUGCGUUACCCAUGGAGAUGAAAUUGGGAAUGAUUUCGGUUGGAACGACGGGCGCCUAUGGUCGGGCUAUGAAGGGGUGCUUGGGAUUGGCGUAAGUUGGCAUUCAAGGCGCCUCAGAUGGUCCUGCACAUACACGGAUUACUACAUAUGUCAUUCAGCAAGCAGUGAAAAACCUUUUCCAUGUUUCGGAAUGCUGCUGCCGAUAAUGCAAUAAAAUGUAUCAAAUUCAAUCCGCUCAUAGCU